AUGAACGCCUUAUCUGUUUCGGCCUUUGCGAAUCGCAUCGCCACUCGAUCAUGGACCUGUUCGACUUGUAGAAGUCAGUUGGUCCGAAGUAAGCCCUUGGGGGGUCUCAGCGCAAGAGGUUUCGCAUCGCGGAGAGGCUCGAGGAAAAGCAAUGGUCACAAGUCUGGCCCUAAACGACCGCUAUUAUAUGCCUCGGCUGGUGUUGGUACCGUAGGCGCGACCGCGCUUGCGUUCACCGACGACAUCAAGAGUAGUUAUGAGGCGGCAGAACGUACAGGAAGAGUUGCGGUUGCGCUCGCCGUGUGUAUCAACGAUUACCGGACAACACUGAACGCCAGAGAAGCGACAGCGGACCAUGAUGCACAGGAGAGCAUGCUCAAGGCAUGUCACAAACGAUGCGCCGAACGGACUCUCGUUGUGUUGGAAAAGAAUGGCGGCAUCUUUAUCAAACUCGGCCAGCAUCUGAGCGCCAUGAAUUACCUAUUACCAUCCGAAUGGACAAACACGUUCAUCCCCCUGCAGGACAAGUGUCCUGUAUCUUCACUUGAGUCGAUCGAAGAUAUGUUUCGCAAAGAUACAGGAGAAGAGCUUUGGGACUAUUUCUCUGAUUUCGCCCCUGAACCAAUUGGCGCUGCCUCCCUUGCUCAGGUACAUCUGGCAUCCAUCAAGGGGUCAAACCAGAAGGUUGCUGUCAAAGUUCAACAUCCUGAGCUUGAAGCAUGGGCACCGCUGGAUCUAGCGCUUACCCGGUACACAUUUUCGACCCUGAAAAGAUUCUUCCCCGAAUAUGAUCUUGAGUGGCUCUCUUCUGAGAUGGAUGUUUCUCUUCCUAAAGAACUCGACUUCCAAGAAGAGGCCAACAAUGCCCGACGUAUGAAGGAGCACUUCGCCAAGAUUCCACAGUUACCCCUGAUUAUUCCCGAGGUCAUCUGGGCCAAGAAGCGAAUCAUUGUUAUGGCGUGCGAAGCGGGAAGCAGACUCGACGAUCUGGAGUAUUUGGAUAAGAACGGUAUUGACCGAGAUGAAGUAUCUGCCACGUUGGCGCGUAUCUUCAACGAAAUGAUCUUUGGUGAUGGUGCACCCCUGCACUGUGAUCCUCACGGUGGCAACAUUGCAAUUCGCAAGAACAAUUCCCGCCGGGGCCUUGGACGAGGUCCUAACUUUGACGUGAUUCUAUAUGAUCAUGGUCUUUACCGCGACAUUGAGCUUCCUUUGCGAAGAUCAUACGCCAAGAUGUGGCUUGCGGUUAUUGAUGGUGAUAUGGAUCGAAUGAAGAAAUAUGCACAUGAGGUUGCCGGUAUAGAGGACAAAGAUUUCCCACUUUUUGCAUCAGCAAUCACUGGUCGAGACUACAGUAUUGUUAGCAAGUCUGGAUCUAUCCUCGAGACUCGAACAGCGGAUGAGCAAAAGACAAUGAGCGGGGCGCUGCAGGAGGGUCUCAUUGUCGACCUCGUGCAGCUUCUUAGCCGCGUGCCUCGUAUCAUUCUUCUAAUCCUCAAGACAAAUGAUCUUACCCGAAGCCUUGACGAGAACCUCCAGACACGGCAGGGUCCUAUACGUUCGUUCAUGAUCCUCGCACGAUAUUGCACCCGGACCGUGUUCCACGAGAAGCUUGAAGAGAUUGGUCAAAAUGGAUCAUUCCUCUGGCCGCUCAAUGCUGUGCGUGUGUUUGUUGCAUGGGUUGGUUUCAUGCGCGUGGAGAUCAAGUUAGAGGCCUUCGAACUUUGGCUAUCAACCAAGAGAAUGUUGGGCCUAGGCAGUUUAGAGUUUUCAGGCGCGGCGUUAUAA